GACCGUGCUGGGUGGUUCUCUUGUCUUCCUCACAUGACUGGAACAUUCCUACUGCUGAGAGAGUGAAAGAGAGAGACACAGAGAGAGAGAGCGCUGCUGAAAGCAGGCCGGAGAGCGAAAGCUGAGGAUUUUAGCGACGAGCGAGUCGGAGAUCAGCGGGCGAGGCCGCCGACAGAGGAGCCUCCUCCUCUCAGCAGCUCCACAGCAGGACUGGACCGAGGCUUUAUCGUCUACAGCGGAAACAUGAGCCGCGCUCUGCGGGCAGCUGCUCUCGCCGCCGCAGCUCUGCUGGGUUGGUUGGCUGUGGCACAUGCUGUAUCAUUCGAGGUGAAAGAUGGGAAUUCAACAUGCAUUAAAGCAGAGCUCUCUGCCAGCUUCUUCAUCAUGUAUUCCACAUCCAAUGGAACGAACACGGUGAAUGUGCAGCUCCCGAGCUCAGCAGUAGUGGACAGUGGUAGUUCCUGUGGAAGCUCUGGGGUCUCUCCAGAGCUGCUGGCAUCCUUUGGGGAUGGUCACUCUCUGGGCCUGGUCUUCUCCAAGGAUGACCGUCUGUACAGAGUUUUAAACCUAAGCCUGACAUACAACCUGAACGACAGCACCUAUUUUCCUCAGUCCUCCAAAAAGGAAAUUGUUACCUUGGAUACAAAUGCUACAGGAAUCUCGGCACAGCUUAACACCACCUACAGAUGUCUGAGCUCCAGCUCCAUCCGUCUUGGGGGCUCCAAUGUCACCAUCACCUUCUCAGGCGUCCGGAUGGAAGCCUACAUGCCCAGCGCCAACCUCAGCUCCAAAGAGUCUGUAUGUUCAGCUGAUCUUCAUGCCACAACUGUAGCACCCACACAGUCACCCACGACCGCGCCAACCCCUCCUGCACCCCGCAACCCAGAGCGCGGAAACUACAACGUCACCAAUGUGAACGGCACUGUGUGUCUUCUGGCAAAUAUGGGAUUGCAGCUUAACGUCACCUAUUUCUCAAAGUCUCAGAACAAGACUGUUAAGGGAAUAGUGAACCUGCAGCCCAAUAGGACGUCUUUCACAGGGUUGUGUGAGGCCACAACUGCCACUCUGGUGCUGAUGGAUGGCCUCACCAACCUCAGCUUCGCAUUCAUGCUGAAUGUCACCUCCAAAAAAUAUCACCUCAGUGCUCUGAACGUGUCUGCUGCCUGGCCUGAUAUGACGGCUCCAUUCACUGUGGGCAACAGCUCUCUGAACUACCUGCAGGGCACGCUGGGCCGCUCCUACAUGUGCACAACUGAGCAGAUUCUUCCUGUGACAAACACCUUUUCCCUCAACACCUUCAGCCUGCAGGUGCAGCCUUUUGGUGUCACUGGCAACAAGUUUGGAACAGCUGAGGAGUGUCAGAUGGACAAGGACAACAUGCUGAUCCCCAUCAUCGUGGGUGCUGCCCUGGCUGGCCUGGUCCUUAUCGUUCUUAUAGCGUACCUGAUUGGCAGAAAGAGGAGUCAUGCAGGCUACCAGACCAUUUGAACUCCACCAAGACCACCGCCGCCAGUCAAAAUCUCUGUCGUUUUCCUGAUGGGAGGAAAACCAUUGCUACUAUGGCCUGACUGGGACUCUGCUGACAAAAGACUGGCCUGUUUGUUUGUGUGAGUGUGUGUGGGCAUGAAUGAGUGUGUGUACUUUGUUGUUCCACUUUUUCUCUGUCUGUUCCCCCUAAUGCUCUUGGAUUACUCAAGGAGAAAAAGAAGCAAAGUCACCUAAUUGUUACUAACAGCUGUUUCUAGUCCCGUCAACACAAACCUUUUGUAUCUCAGAUUAGAUCCCACGAGUUAAACCCAGAAUUUCCUCUUGUUCGAUUUCUCGUAUUGUUUAAUAUUGUUUAUCGGUCCUGGCUGAUCAGCAUUGUACCAAUGUCCGUCUGUUUCAGAGGUUAUUUUUUAAAGAAAUUGGUAUUUGUGUAAAUAAGCGUUCUACCUUUUAAGUUAUAAAAUGACUACGAUUUUUUGUUUUUGUUUUAAAUCAGAGAGGGACAGGGUGGCUUUGUGCAAGUUCUUUCCCAUGCAGUCUUCUAUUUCAGCCAUAAACCUCCUCUUAACUGGCAUUAUACAGCGUUUGACUACCAGGCUCAAGUGUGUAUAGAAGACUGGGCUGGAAGAGCAAUUUUAAUUUAGUAGCAUUCUUAAAGUUGUAGCUUUUCCUCUUACCCCAAAUGUAGUCGUUCAGCUAUUUGGUGUCUGAAGUUUAAACAAAAAGUCAGAAACCACAUGGAUGUCUGCUUCUGUGUGUAUGGCAAAAUUUUGACUUUAUCUCAAGAUAAUGGCUUAUUUUCUUAGGAUUUUUGACAUUCUGACAUGCAGUGUUGAAAUAAUGAGUUAUUAAAUGUUAAGAAAGGAAGAAGAGGAUGUGUUAACUUAAAGAAAUUGGUAUUUGUGUAAAUAAGCAUUCUGCCUUUUAAGUUAUAAAAUGACUACGAUUUUUGUUUUUGUUUUUAACCAGAGAGGGACAGAGUGGCUUUGCGCAAGUCUUUUCCAAUCCAGUCUUCUAUUUUAGCCAAGAACUCAGUUCUCUGAAGAAAAUAAGGAGUUAUUUGGAGAAGCAUCCAAAGAGGAUAAGAUGAAUAUUAUUCGGGAAUCGUUAUUUGGACAUAUUAAGUCAGAAUUUUGAGAAAAUAAGUUAAUAAUUUGACUUCAACAUUUCAAGCCAACAUUUUGAAAAAAGUUGAAUUUCGAGAUACUAAACGAUUAUUUUGAUGUAGUAAGUCAUUAUCUUGACAGUAAAAAGUUUGAGGGCAAAUCAUUAUUUUGACAUAGUAAGUCUACGUUUUGAUAAAAUGUCAUUGUUUUGAUUUAGUAUGUCAGUAUUGGGCAAAAAUAAUUAAUGAGCUUCCUUACAAGUGUGUGAUGAUUGAUUUAGACAUUGUUUGUACAAUGCUAAUAAGCUUCUAGUACUUGUUAACUACAUUAGCCUCGUAUCUCCAGUGCAAAUCUAAAGACACCAAAUAUAACUUGGCUGAUCAGCUACAUUUUAGGUAAGCAAAAUUAUGUAAAUUUGCAAAAUUUCACCAAACAUAUUGCUUUAAUCUGCUCCACCAGUAAGUAAACUAUGUGGAUGAAGCGCAGGGUUUAGGAAAAGCGGUCUGUAAGUGUCUGGGUGAGCACAUCUUUGAAACAGAAACCCAAGCCAGAGAGAGAGAGAGAGACGAGCGGCAUCAAAUGACGAGGGCGAACAAGCCCCGGUUAAAUAAUUGAUGCGCUUUUCUAGUAUUAUCACGCGUUAGGGAACCUGCUGCAUUAGGACUCGGAUCUUAUUCUCGCUCUGCGUCCCUCUUCUCUCGCAGAAAACUUUACAAAUUGACUUUCUCAGGUUGAUUUAAGGGCCUGGAUACAUUGAGGAGACGCCUGUGGGGAAAACUACAGCCUUUAACAUCAGCCUAUUGAAUCUGGGGCUUUCAUUCCUUCUGCUCACGGUGUUUAUUGACCCCGUAGUUCCAUGUGUCAGUACUUUAUCCCUUACAAUUAAACAGGCUGUUAUUGUGCCUUUAAGACUCCUAUAUGCAAAUGAGCUACGUUCUGAUUGGCUGCUCUGUAUUGUGCCGUUCAGUCAUUCAAGAAACAGUCCAGGCUGAAACGCUCCUUAUUACCUCAGUGUGGAUGGGUGAGGCUAAACUUUUGUAGACUGAAUAGGUAAAAGUAGUGAGUUCAAAACGGGCUGGUUUUGCAGCAUAGUUUCCAUAUAUGGACAGUAUGGAGUGGUGUGUGAAUUUGCCCCCUUCAUAAGUUAUUAAUGUGUUUUAUUAAAUACUAAAACAAACGUUCUAUUCAGCCACUGUCAACACUUUUCUUUUUACAUGGCAGUUUGUCCAGUGCUCCUCAGUGUAUUCAGGCCUUGAAUGGAUCAGGAGAGGACAAAUAAAUUGUGGACAAGAGUGCUGGGUUAAAAACAUUAUCCAUAUAUUUUUUCUGCUUUGUUUUCCCUCUUUGCCUUUUGUUGCUUAAUGGUCAUCUUGACUCUUCUGGAGAUUCCAGCGAAAAGGGAAGAUUACGAGCAUCUGCAGACGCCUGUCUUAUUAUAUCCCAGCCCACUUCUACAGGAUUUACGUCGCUCAUCAGUCUGUGCAUCCUCCUCCAGGAUGUGAAUUCAGCACUACAGAAAUGUAGAGGACUUAAACGUUUAAGUUUGACUGGAUGACAUAAAAUAUUCACUGGCAAGGUUUUAGCUGCAGUUUAACGAUGUUAAUAAGCAUGUACAGCAGAGACAAUAUGGCAGAUGCACGGUUGUAUGCAAAAGUUUGGGCAGCCCUGAUCAAAUGAAAUCUUCUUGACUUACCAAGUGAAAAUAAUUUAACAUACUGGAAAAAUAAUCAAACAUAAAAUGUGACCUGUCCCAAAGUCGUGGCACAUUUAGUAUUUCAUGUUUUAUUUUUUUCCAAUAUGUCGAACUCGAAAUUGUGCAUUAAAAUGUGCAGAAAAAUGCCACAUUUAGGUUUGUUGUCUGUAGAGGAUGUUUUCAACAAAACAUGUAAAACAUGUAACGUAAAACGAUCAAACUUUUGCAUGCGACUGUACGUGUUCACUCUCAAAGGUGGCAUAAUGCAGUGAGGUGCUACAGCUCUGUUUGCUCUGAAAUGAUGUUCAGGGAGUUUAGUAGUUUGCUAUAUUGCAUUCAGUCACAUGCAAAAGUAUGAACACCCCAAUCAAAUUCCACAUUUUGUUGUUUUUAUGUGAAAAUAAGUUAACACGUUUAUUACAUGAAACAAAUUUAAAUAUGGCAUUUUUCUGCAAAUUUUUGUGCACUGUUUAACAGAAAGGAAAACAUAAAAUUCUUUCCAACUUGUUAAAUUCAGCAUAUAAACAGUAAUCGUGUAUUACAAUGUGCAGAAGUGUGUUCUUUGUAGAGGAUGUGUAACUUAUUUACACUUCGGAAAUCAACAAAACUUGCCAUUUGACCAGGGGCGUGCAAACUUUUGCGUACGACUGCACAGUAGGGUCCAAAGGUCUGAGACCACUAGUGAAAAUGCAUCUAUUUUGCAUUGUUUUCUAAAUGAAUAUAGUUACAAAUGAUAUUAUCAGCAUAACAAUUUGAGUGAAAAGCAGAAUCUUUGAAAUAUUUACAUUGAAUUUGCAUUGACUUUACGACUGCAGAAUCCUCUAACGUAUAGAUCAAAGAAAUAGAUGGAAGAGAAAAAGCUAAAAAAAAAAAACAUUUUUAUUUUAUCAGAAUUAUUUCAUCACAUUUGCUUAAAUUUGAAAACUGACCCAGAAAUAGUGCAAAAUCUUAAAUGUCUGCUUUAUUUUACUUGUCAUAACUUUUCUUACUUUGAAAUCAUCUUCUAAAGCAUUCUGUCAGCCUCCAUGUUUAAAUGAAAAGAAAAAUCUCAUUUUCAUUGUGGUCUCAGACCCUUGGACCCCCUCUGUAAUGAAACUGUCCUUGAUGAAAUUAUAGCACAGAAUAUAACUGUACAAUUUGAUUGUAUGCGCUUGCAGUGCAGUUACAUUUUCCUCCUGUUUUAUGUACAGCAGAUGAGGUUUGAAACUGAAGAAUUGUUGGAAACGUUCUGUUGCAUCUCAUCUGAUCUGCUUUGUCGUGGUUAUACAUUGCAGUGAUUUGAGCUUUUAUUUUUGUAGUGUUUUUUAAAAGCAUCUUGGCGAGGUCAAUAAAUGGGGUGAACACUUAAUUGUCCACCUGUUCUAAGA